UCCAAACCCAAGGCAUGCAGGUCGACGAAGUCCCCGACGACGACGAAGUGCGCGAAACGUUCAACUUCGCUCCGGGGUACAAUGGCGCCGUGUACCGCGCGGAUAUAUCGCCCCGUCCUGGCAACGAAGGUGUGUAUCGUAUCUAUCUACUAUCUACUAGUUAUCUGUCUGUCUGUCUGUCUAUCCCGCUUACUUAACGAUGGGAGCUAGAACACGCGACAGUGACAGACGGAACGGCACAAACCUCAGUAUCCCCAAAAAAGAAAAAAGAAACAGCAGAACCCCGGUACAAAAUCCAAAGCAUGCGCUGGGGCCUCGUGCCGUUCUGGACGAAGCGCAGCCCGGACUACGGCUUCCUCAUGCGGACGAUAAACUGUCGGAGCGAAUCCCUCCUCGACGACCGGGGGAUGUGGACGUCCAUGAAGCGACGGAAGCGGUGCGUGGUGGCGUGUCAGGGCUUCUACGAGUGGUUGAAGAAGGGCCCAGGGGGGAAGGAGAAGGUCCCGCAUUAUGUGAAGCGGAUGGAUGGCGAGUUGAUGUAUUUUGCGGGGCUGUGGGAUUGUGUGGAGUAUGAGGAUUCGACGGAGCCGCUCUACACGUAUACGGUCAUCACGACGGAUUCGAAUCCACAGCUGCAGUUCCUGCAUGAUCGCAUGCCGGUCAUACUGGACACCGGGAGCGAGGCAAUGCGCGUUUGGCUGGAUCCAGGGCGGACGACCUGGUCGAGGGAGCUGCAGGCCGUGUUGAAACCGUUUGAAGGCGAGCUGGAGUGUUAUCCCGUCCCGAAGGAGGUCGGGAAGGUGGGCAAUAACUCUCCGGAUUUUGUGGUCCCCGUGAGCAGUAAGGAGAACAAGGGCAACAUCGCCAAUUUCUUUGCCAAUGCGAACAAGGGGGGUGCGGUGAAGAAGGAAGACGUGGUCAAGGAUGAACAAGAACACAGAGAGACGAAGGAUACGGAGUGGAGUGAGGAUAAUGCCCCCAAGCCGGUGUCUGGGGUAAAGAGAGAACUUUCGGAUGAGCCCGUGGCGGAGGAUCUCAAGAAACAAAAGACUGGUCCUAGUAUGACUUCCCCGAAGAGUGUGCAGCCCAGCCCUUCGAUAUCGGGGGUACAGCCGAAGAAGAUGCGCAGUGCCACUCGUAAUAACAAGCCUGUGAAGACCCCGGAGAAGAAAUCGACUGGAACCCAGCCCAUCACGAAGUUUCUUCACAAGUAAGAUUGAACAUGACAUCAGAAUUGCACGCUCUGGCUGGAUCGAGGGCUGCCAUUUUCGGUAAUUUAGGCAUUUUCCAGAUUGAUAACUGCCCAGCAGUUUAAUGGGAGCCAUUUCCAAGUAAUAAUAC